UGAGCUCCUGGAGCUCUGUCCGGCCCAGUUCACGCUCCUGAUCCGGGUAUAACCGAACACACCUCGGAUCGAAGAAUUAACCGAGCCUCUCUGCGUCUGGGUGGAUCAUUUUCCGGUUUUGUUAAGGACGCUGCCUUUUUUGCCCCAUUUACGUCUUGUUGGGCUCUGUUUCUUGGUUUGCAUGCAUGUGUUCUGCACCGUACGGGCGGAAAAAGCGCCCCAGAUCUGCAGGGAUCAUUUUCCCCGUCGGUAAAGUGGCGCAGACGGAGCCGGAGCGAAGAGAGAGCACGGAGGGGGUCGUGGACGGCAGCAGGAUGACCGUGCAGGAAUUCAACAACCUGGUAGCUCUGUACCGGGAGCAGGUCAUAUCUGUGGGAGAGAUCUCAGCAGACUGUCCCUCUCUGCGGGCUCAGAUGCACCACACACGGACCAAAGGAUGCUCCAUGGCCCGAGCUGCACAUCAGGACCUUGCUGUCAUAUCUGUGUCAGGUCCAGAGGACGGAGAGAUCCACCCUGAGAUCUGUCGGCUCUUCAUCCAGCUGCAGUGCUGCCUGGAAAUGUUCAUAACAGAGAUGCUGAAAUCCAUGUGCCUGCUGGGGGUGCUGCAGCUGCACAGAAAAAGAAUGGACUCAGAGCCAAAGUUGGACUUCAGGGUGGAUGAAAGCUCUGACGUCCCGAUCCUAGAGGACAGAUCGUCCUCGCCCAUUGACUUCCUUCAGGAGCAGUGGCUGGUGGGGACCGAUAUUGAGAACAUAGAGAGGGACAUGCGAGAGAUGCGGAACCUACUCAGCAAACUCAGGGACACGAUGCCAUUGCCACUGAAAAACCAAGACGACAGCAGCUUGUUGAAUUUGACACCUCACCCGCUGAUCCGUCAGAGGAAGAGACGCUUCCCCGGUCUCUGCUGCAUGGUGUCCGGCUGAGUCUGGCGGUCAACUCACUGCAGUAAACACACAAAGACGAAAAGACGUUCAGUCUAUUAUAUUUUCUGCUGUAAAUUAUUCAAAAGGGAAUCAUUAAUCUUAACUAAUUACAGUAUAUUCUUUGAUUUAGUUGCAGUAUUUUUUCCAUCAUAUCGGAAAUUGUAAACCUCAAAUAUCUGUAAUCCUGACAUUUUCUCUGGUUUCUUUCUUGCACUCAUCUGCCUUCUCAUAUUUCUGUUUCAUGCUAUUUAAUAUGAAGAAGAGUCUAAAAUGUAAAUAUUCAGGCUAUGCACUGGUAUUUUUAGUUUAAAGCUGCCCCACUGUGCUCGUGUCAUGCCUCCAUGUUUGAAUGUUUCAUGAUGUGAGAUGUUUCAGUCCCUAAAACAUCCCGAUGUGUUUCAUCCUGACUUCACUCAGCAGAGGCUCCUGCCAGGUGAGUCUCUGCUUACCUGUGUGAUGUGAAACUCUAAAGACAAAGCAAACCAUCCACACCAUUACAAUACUUAAAGGAGAUUAAGGAACACUUGGUUGUUGAGUCUUUUCCUUUAGAUCUGAUUUUUAAAUUCUUUAGUUGUGCAGUGUAAAAACAAAAAUCUAUGCCAGAUGAUUAAAAAAAUGAUACAAAGCUUCAACUACACUUCAUCUUUUAGACAUUUUAUGAAGAUUUUCUUCUUCUCUGUUCUUACUUAGUAACAUGGGUCACAAUUAAAGACAUUUAAACAUCACAAUAAAAAUUUAGUUUUAAAAGACAAAUCCUGAUUUCUUUAGUCGUCCUCUUGCAACAGCUAGGGUUUUAUAAUUGUUUUCUAUAGUCCAAAAUCUUGAAAAUCUAUUGGCUUUGUGUUGUUAUAUUUCCAUUAAGUUUCAUAUUUCCCAGGGAACAGUUGCCAAAAAUGUACUCAGAACAGCACAGCCAAAGCCAUAAAACCUCCAUUUCUACAAUUUGACCAAAGAAAUAUAGAAAAUAUGUAAUUUGGCAGACUAAUUGCAAUCCAUAGAUCACUUUUUGAUUUGUUGUGGAGUAUUUGGGACUUCUUACUUUUAUAGCUCUAUUUCCAAAAAUGUUUGGGUGUAAAAUGUAGAUAAAAACAGAAUGCAACAAUUUGCAAGCCCAUAUUAAAACCCAUAUUUUCUUCACAAUAGAACAUAAACAACAUGUCAAAUGUUAAAACUGAUACGUUUUACAUUUCAUAAAAAAUAUUAGCUCAUUUUGAAUUUGAUGGCAGCAGCACUUCUCAAAAUAGGGAUGGGGCCAUGUUUACCAUCGUGUAGCAUCCCCUCUCCUUUAACAACGGUCUAAAUGUAAGGAAAGAAGAGAAGAGUUGCUGGAGUUUUGGGAGAGGACUGUUGUCCCAUUCUUGUCUGAUGUAGUCCACAUUUUUUCUGUUGGUUAAAGGUGUGGACUGUAGGCAGGCUAUUUCAGGCUCUUCUACUGUGAAUCCAUGCUGUUGUGAUGGAUGUGGUGUGUGGUUUAGAGUUGUCUCGCUGAGAUUUGUAAGGCCUUCCCUGAAGGAGACAUUGUCUAGACGGGAGCAUAUGUUGCUGUAAAACCUCUAUAUACUUUUAAGCACUGAUAGUAGCAGAUGUGUAAGCUGCCCAUGCCAUAGGCACUAAUGCAACCUCAUACCAUCAGAGAUGCAGGCUUUUGAAGAAUGCGCUGAAAACAAGCUGGGUGGUAAGUUUUCCAUUUUGCCUCGGUCAAUUUUAAAUGAGUUUUGGCCCAGAGAAAUCUGCAGCUUUCUGGAUCAUAUUCAUGAUUUAACUUGGAUUUGUUGAUGGCAUGGUGAAUUGUGUUGACAGACAGUGAUUUCUGGAAGUGUUCCUGAGCCCAUGGAGUGAUUUCUCAUACAGAAUCACUCUUGUGUUUUAAUGUAGUGCUGCCUGAGGCACUGCAGAGAUUUCUUGAGAUACUCUGGAUCUUUUCAUGAUAUUAAUAACUGUAGAUGGUGAGAUAUUCAAAGUCUUUACAAUUUUAGAUUAAGGAAAUUUUUCUGAAAUCGUUCCUCAAUUUUAAGACGCAAUUUUUCACAGAUUGGUGAACGUCUACCCAUCUUUACUUCUGAGAGACUCUGCCUCGCCACAGUCCUUCUUCUAUACCCAGUCAUGUUAAGUGACCGGUUGCCACCUAAAUAGUUGCAAAAUUCUCCUCCAGCUGUUAUUCAUCAGUACCACUUACUUUCUCAACCUUUUGUUGCCCCAUCCAUUCUUUUUGAGAUAUCUUGCUGCCUUCAAAUUCAAGUUUAUGAAAUUUGCAAAUCAUUGCAUUCUGUUUUUAUUUAUACUAUACAUGUUGCCCCAACUUUUCUGGAAUUGGGGCAACAUGUAUAUUAUACAUGUAUAUUAUACAUGUUGCCCCAGCUUUUCUGGAAUUGGGGUUGUAUUUAUUAGAAGUUAAUAAAAUCAGAAUUACCCUUUAAUGACCCAUCCAUCUUCUUUUUGCUUUCCCUGUAAUUUUUGUAUGUAGUAAGUCUUCAGGGUCAAAGUCUAAGAUUUUGAGCAUAGAGCUAAAAAAAAAAAAAAAAAAACUAAAGAAAUCGAGAAAAGAAAAUUAAAACAGUCUGAGAAUUAAAGAAAUACUCUUCUUAGUGCUCACUCAGAAAUAAAAAUGGACUGCUUUGUCAUCUGACAUACACAGUCUGAUCAUCGCAUAAUUUGAUUUCUACAAGUUACAUGUCAGUGUUUAUGUAAAUCUAAACUAUGACUAAAAAUGUGUGUUAACAACCUUUUAUGUCAUAGUGAAGAUGACACUAAGAAUAGCUAAAAAUAGAUGUUUGGUGAUAAAAACUGACAACUAAGUUUAGUUUUUAUCAAGGAGACUAAAACGAGACUAAAAUGUUAGUGUUGGACUUGUGAACAUUACAAUUCCAUUUUUUAUCACUGUGCAUAUAAGGUAUGUCAGUAUUUUUAUCAGUGUAUUUUGAAUAUAGUAUUGGUAGCACAUUAAUAUGAGUGUUUAACAAUUAUAUUAAUUUUACAAUUCGACUGAUUAAAUUAGUUAAAAGAGAAGAAACAUUGUGACAAAGUAAAGACUAAAGUAUAAGAACUUUUAUAGGUUAAAACUUAAUUUUUUUCAUGUUUUCUCAACUAAAUCUCAGAAGAGGGAAAAUGACUAGAAUGAGACUCAAGCUAAAAGGCUUUUAAAUCCAAAGACUAAAACUAAAUUUAAAACACAAAGCUGCCAAAAUUAACACUGCUUUAAGUUCAUUAAAUCAAGUUGUCUUUAGAGUAAAACUAAAAAAUACGAUGCUUCUAAAACACAUUAAAAAGACCAAUUACUAAGUAUUACAUACAUUUUUUCUAAACCAUUCUUCUAUGUUGAGUGUUAAAUUAAUAUUUGCAGCUGCUGGUAAAAAUUGGCCAAGCUUUUAGUUCUAUUCUACACAUUUUAGAUAAAUGUCAGCAGUCUUCAUCCUGUAGUCAUUUUUUGGAAACACUUUAUAACUACACACUGUGAAGCAGUAGUAAAGCAUUAGUAAGUACUAGAGCUGUCAGCAUUAGUGCAUUAAUUGUGAUGCAAUUAGGGUCCAUAAUUAGUGCUGUGUCAGCAUCUCCCAGCAGCCACAUGGAUGUAAAAUAAGUCCACCACUGGUCCUUAAUGUCUCAGUUCCCUUUAAAAAAAUCACAGAGAGCGGAGUGGACGAGUCAAAAGUCAUCUGCACCUUAUGUUAACAAACAUUUACCUUGUACUGCUCAUUUGUACCCUUUUCAAUCCACAACAAGUUCCUUUUUCUGUGGUGAAGUUUAUGUAAUUAUCCUGGAUCAAUCCAAAGUUUGCAUUUGGUUGGUGGUAGGUGCUAUUUCUCCACCCUGUUCUGGGACCUAAAGUGGUGUUAUUAUUUAAAACAUUAUUUCAUUUAUUAAGAUGAGAUUUAUUAUUUAUUUAUUUAUUUGUUUGUUUAUUUAUUUUGCAAAUGACCUCUUGCAACCCGCCUGCAGUACCUCUGGGCCCGGCCCACACUUUGGGAAGUUAAGAGCAGGGGUUCUCAAACUUUUCAGCCAGCAACCUCUAAACUAAAGGUGCCAGAGACCGGGGAUGCCCACUGUACAUGAAGGUGGUUGAAGCAUAGUUGCUCACAGCUGUGCUCUUCUUUCAAGAGUAGUCAUGUGCAGAACUGCAUUUAAAGGGUUUUUUUAAAUGUUAGUUUGAUUACGACGCACAUCUCCCCCUAAAUAACCAUGCCAUGUUUUUUUUUAACAUUCAACUCAUUUAUGCAUGUAUUUAUAUAAAAACGGGUCAAAUAUACCAUUUGAAAUCAUUUAAAAAUAUUUUUUAUUAUUUUGAGGGCAUUUUGCGACCCCCCUAUCAGUGUCUCACAACCCCCAAAUUGAGAACCAGUACUAAAAUACGAAAUAAAACAAACACAGUUUAAGUCUAAAAUAGUUAAAUUUCAAAAUAUGAUUAAAAAUUGUUUUGUUGCAAUUAAUAACUAUAGAAAUUUAGAGAUUAAUCACAGAUAGAAACAUAACCCUUGAUAGCCCUAAAUACUUAACCCAUUUAUAAAGCAUUAUAAACCAACUGGUAUGUAAUUCAUAGUUCUUUAUUGAUACUUUACUAAUGCAUCAAUAAAGCAUUUAUUGCUGUGGUUAUAAAUGAUGGAUGCAUUAUUACUAAUGUUUAUAGAUGAUGGGUUUACUAAUGCUUUACUACUAAUAAUGCUAAAAGAGUGUCGUUAUUGUAGACAUAGACAAGAUUCCCAUUUUUCUUUCUAAAGGACUUUGCAGAUAUUCAACCCACAGCAUCAGCAGACUAUAAAAAGCCAAACACAUGGAUAAAAACAAAGAUGAACUGAAGUUAACUCAUCCACUAGAGCCAUCUCCCUGUUGAAUGUAACUGCAAUAUUAUUCAUGGAUAGAUGUUUGUGAAGGCUUUGUUUUCUUAAUGUAAUGUGAAGUGGUGAUGUCUGAUCGGCUAAAUUCUUUGUUUGGGCAUGUAGACGACUCUGAGUGAGCUAUGUUUGUGUAGUUUGUGUGUCCUGCAUUGUAGAGAAGCCACAGCUCAAUCUUUGU